GCAAACGCACAAUAAACCUGAUGACAAAAGCUCAAAUGUGUAAAUCUGAACUAUAACGCGAAUGAUUUAAAUAUCAACAAAAUGCGUUGCUUUACCUUUCAUCGUAGCUGUUAAAACAUAACUUGGGCAGAAGAAAUAAUAAUAACACGACAUACAACCAAUCAGAGAUGAGUUGUUUACCACUUCCUGGCACAUGGGUUGUUUAUCAUCCAGUAGAGAUGAACUAGACGCCCUUUUCUCUUCGUCACAGGUCUGAAGUAUCCAACCCCGGAGGAGUCGGACCCAGAGAGGAAGCAGAAGGCUGCUAAAUGUCUGACAUUCCGUGGAAAUCAUGGAAAACCCGGCAAACAACAGCAAGCACGCUGACAGCACGGGAGACUGCGCCAUCUGCUUGGAGAGGAUUCAGAGGAAGAAAACGCUUAAGUGUCAGCACUCCUUCUGCUCGGAGUGCAUCGACUCAGUUUUCAGACUGAAGCCCGCAUGUCCGAUAUGCAACACCUUCCACGGAGUGUACACGGGGACCCAGCCGCAGGGCACGAUGACGGUGACCCACAGCUUUCUGAAGCUGCCGGGCUUCGAGAGCUGUGGCUCAAUUGUCAUCCAGUACAGUUUCCCAGGGGGGAUACAAGGGGCUGAGCACCCAAAUCCCGGCGUGAGGUACAGCAGCACCUCUCGUACUGCCUACCUGCCAGAUUGUGCAGAGGGACAGAAGGUCUUGAGGCUGCUAAGGAAAGCAUUCGACCGAAGACUUACUUUUACCGUUGGACGGUCGGCCACCACGGGCCUCAACAAUGUCAUUACCUGGAACGACAUUCACCACAAGACCAGCAUAAAUGGCGGUCCAGAGAGUUUUGGCUACCCAGAUCCAGCGUACCUGUUCAGGGUUCAAGAGGAGCUUCGUCUUAAAGGUGUAACAGAGGAUGACUGAUUGUUCGAAAACAUUUAUUUAGACAGACUUAGUGCUGCUCUUAAUUAAGUUCCCAGUUGCAAAUCUGCACUUUUCAACAGUGAUGUUCACCACGGAUACUUGAAGAUGUGUUUUUGUUUUUGUUUUUUUUGUAUAUGACCUCUGCUAAACUGAGGGAGAAGUUUAGCUUUUCCAAAGAUUUUUUUCUGCUUUAUUUCUGUUAUGCAGCUGAUUUACUUUAAGCCAAUAAAGAAAGAGGAGUUUGGUAUCGAUUUCAUUAGUGUUACUUAUUAAACGCAUACAGCAUCAUUCACAUUUGUUAGCAGUCUUGCUAGCAAAUGUAAAAACGUGUGAAAACUAAAUUAAUCUUAUGUCACCUUAUUCUGAUCACACCCUGAAAAACACACUGAAAAACAUCCUGUUUACCUCACUGACUUCUACGUGUUUCAAGCAUCACUCAGGAUGUGGUAGAAAAGAGGCUUUUCUGGAACCUACAUGCUUUGGUGGAGUGGCAUGUUUCCAUUUUGAAGAGUAAUUAGGAGAAAUGGACCUGUAUUUAUUUACCUACUUAUUUAAAACUCCAACAAACAGAAAAACAUGGAUUAGAUUUUGAACAAUACAAAAAAGUAAAGUAGUCAUUCAAAAAAAAAAAAAAAAAUACAGUUAGGAGUUGAACAUUUUUUUUAGCUGAAGGUUGAAUUUUUUGUGGCAGAGGGGAAUUAAAGAUUAGUUUAUUUAAAGGACUUUUACACGUUUCUUUUUUUUUUUCUCCAGGAAUGCCAAUACAAUUAGAGAGUGCUAUGUUUGAAACAAUUUAUUUCAAGCUCAUUUGCACUGGAUGGAAACAUAAUAUGAAUGAAAAGUGAUUCUUUUUUUAGGGUCUAUGCCAGAGUCAGAUAAAUGAUCCUGUAUAUUAUUUUGUUGAUAGUCCUGUUUAGUCAAAACACCUAAAAUAUCUUGUAAUUUUUUUGUUCUUUUCUUUUUUCUUUUCCUUCUUAUAAAAAAAGUGUGAAAACAUGCAAACAUUUUUUGUGAAAAUAUAUUUGAACAUAUAUAUUUCCCAUAUGUUUCCCAUAACAUUUCCCAUAAAAUAAAUGUAACUAAAUUUCCAUUUUAUUUUUUAAAUAGGUGUACCAAAAAAAAAAAACCCUAAAGAAUGACAGUGCCUGGCUAACGACUAAUUUAAGUAAAUUACUUUUUUUAAAAAAUUAGGUUUAUUAGCCUUUCUACAAAAACAGAAUUUUGUGUAAUAUUUUUUAUUUUUGCAAUGAUACACAUUAAACGUUUUCGUGCCUUAUGCAAUAUCAGAUAAGUUUGUGCCUUAAGAACAAUGAGUGAAAUGUUUUUUAUGCCCUGACAUCACCAUGCCUGUACACUAGAUGGCGGUGUUCUCCUAGUAGAACGACUGUUACAUUUCGUCGUCAUUCUGUUUCCUGCUUUCUCCCCUCAAAGUUUCAUAUCUGACGUGUUUGGGUCCGUUUUCACUGCAACAGUUAGAGAGGAGGUUGCUUUGUCUUUCACUAAAAUAUGAUGUUAUAUUUUGGAGGAAUGCAUACUGCUGUGUGGUGAUGGCUAACAGCUGAAAGGGAAGUUGUUGUUCUUUGUUAAUUGUGUGAAGACCGACCAAAUCAGCGCUGGACCAAAUAUAUCCUGUUUAAAACUCGCUCUGAAUGUUUUGGUCUGACGUUACAGUGCAUAAGCUGAUUUUUUACGUUGCAGACACAAGCGUCAGUGUGUUGUUUUUUUUUUUUACUACGAUUUUAUGGGAUAGACCAAUGCAAACUAGCACAUGUAGUGGAAAGACAAUGAUUGAUGGUUUAAAACAUUGUUUCCCCACAAAAACAAAUUUUGAAAGAUAGUAUAACAUUCAACUUUUCCCUUACUUGUCUGCUGUUUCUUGUUCUUUAUGAUUCUUUUUGUUCUCGUAACAAACCUCUGAGGCCUUCAAGUCAGCUGGAUUGAUAUAGAGAUUGAUUUACACAACACAACUACUGUGUAAACUAGUUUACUAAAUGUACUAUUGUGUAAAUGCUUUCUGAAGUGACUUCAGAAAGCAUUUGAUUUUGCUCGCUUUUAUUUAGGGAUAUCGGAAUGAAUCCAGCUGAAUACAAAUUCACACCGCAGUUUGACGAUUUUAUUUGGCAUUUUUCAGCUUGAUCCUCUCCUCCUUCACUCCAGUUUUUGUCUGUAAUGUGACAAAACGUAAAAAAAAAAAAAAAAAAAAAAAGUUCAAAUUGGGUUUUGGUCCAAAAAGAAAAGACUAGUCAGGAAGCACGUUUAACUUUUAUGUAGUUUGAAAGAGUGCACACGUGAUGUAACGGAGUCAGAUAGUGGCCUGUUUUCCACUCUGACGUCAGUGACUGGGGGCAUUUCUGUGGCCUGUAGGAUCUCGGGGCAUCUGCUAACCUCUAAUCAGAGUAGGACCCAUCUGCCACCCCACCCUGUGUUGCCCCUCUUUCUGCAGUAGUUCAUCAGUAAAAUUCAUCCACAUGUCAUCAUCCGUCCAUUCAUCAAAAAAAAAAAAGGUUUAUUUGAAUUGUGUUUUAAAGAGUUCUGCAACAUUUUGGUUCUCUAAAGUAGAAAGAUUCCCUCAUAAUGCAACUUACAUUUUAAUAAUAAUCCUAAAAACCUUUAUCGCCCUGAGUAGUGAGGCAGGAUUCUGUGUGAUAUAAAGCAGAAUCUAGCAAAAGUAGCACAAAGUAGAAGCAUGUCUGAAAUGACUUUCGCUUCAUUGAAUCUAACCUACAUUUACACAUGAAAUACUUCAUGUGAAUUUGUCUGGUUUGUUGCUAUGUGAGGACGUCUCUCUGACAUGAUAUUCUCUGGGGUUAAAGCACAAAUGCAUUUUGUUCUUGCUAAAAAUUCAAAUUGAGAAAGGUUGAUUUUUUUGUGUGUGUGUGCUUUUUAUUUUAUUAGAUACAUUUUUUUGUGUGUGUGUGAAAUUUAGUCUCAGAUUUUCCUCCAUAUGUUGUUCUGCAUGUAAGUUCAAAAGUUGAGUUCUGGUCUCAUCUGUGCAGAGCAACAUCUUCCAUAACUCUUCUGUAUCCCCUGUGCUUGGGGAAAAAACUGCAGAAGGGAUUUUUUUUUCAGACUUUUCUUCAACCGUUUUGCUGCCUUAAAGACCAGAUCUGUGGAGAGCAUGAAUAAUAGUUGGAAAAGGAUUUUCCCUCCUGAGCUGUGGCUCUCUGCAGGUCCUCCAGAGUUACCAUGGGCCUCUUGGCUCUGACUGAUCAUAGUCUUUUUAUUACCAGAUAAUGGAUUGAACAAGGCUCUGUCAGAUGUUUAAAGCAUUGGGUUGUAUUAUAAAAUUGUACCUUGCUUUAAAGGUCUACAUAACAGCUUGCGUUGCAUAUUAACGACAUAUAUUUUGUUUAUUGAAUGUUGUAUU